GAGUCGAGCUGCCAUUGCGUUUGAGAAGAAAAGACACAAUAAUUCUCAGCAUUGGUGGAUUUUGCAUCCCUACAGUAAACUUGGACAGAUUUUUUUGGGACAAAGUAAUGACUGUAGUGCUGCUGUACUUCUUCUUAACAGUCCCAUAUAUAAAAGCGUUUUUUCGUAUCUGCGACAGACCUCUGUAUAAUCAAGUGUACUAUGUUUACCCGGUGUUCACUGUUUGCACUUUUGAUGUCAUUGUUAGAUUCUUUACAGGUUAUGUUUCUCACGAUAAUCGGAUUAUUAUUAAUCCUACCAUGAUUGCUAGACAUUAUUCUCAGAAGUUUUUUCUCAUUGACUUGAUUUCUUCAAUACCUUACACCUGGUUCUUCAACGAUGACUUGAUUUCAUUAAAAGGAAACAACCAAAGGAAUUUCAUCGCCUUUAUUGGAGAACUUCUUCCUUUGUUAAAAAUUUUCCGACUGACCACUUUGCGAUACUACGUCAAGCAGAUCAAUUCUGAUUGGGGAUUUACCAGCUCAACAGAUACCGCCAUCUGGAUCUCAAUCCUAACAACUCUGAUCUUCCAUUGGAGCGCGUGCUUAACCUGGGCAUUUCCGUUUAUCGUGAUCCACGCAACACCUUUGCAGAAAAUAUCAAACUCAAAUGUCUACGCAAUUCAAAGCGGGUUGUACAAAAUGGAGGACACACUAAUUAUAUACAUCAACAGCUUGCACAUGGGCGUGAGUAACCUAAUAGGCUCGAGUUUCAUCGAGCUGCAAAAAAUUUCACCUUCUGACAAGCUUAUACGGUGUAUUCUUCUUCUCUUCGGAUCCAGUUACACUGUUUACUUGAUUGUGGUCAUCCUGCAGCUGAUAGAAUCUUCAGCAGAACCGGAGUUGAAGUAUCAAGACAUGAAACGUCAAAUCCGAGAAUAUAUUCACAAAAACGAUAUACCGCAAGAACUAGGGGACAAGUUUUUUUUGUACAAUCGAUAUCGGUUUCAAGGAAAUUAUUUCAAGGAGAGUACUAUUAUUAAUUCACUACCGAAUCACUUGAAGCAAGAAAUUUACAUAAGAUCAAAUAACGGAUUAUUAGAAAAAGCUAAAAUAUUCCAUAACUUGUCCAAGAGUUUGAUAUCUAAUCUCAUGACUGCACUCAAGCCGGUAGUUUACUUGAAGGAUGAUGUAAUUUACAAUUACAACACAGAGGGCGACUGUAUGUAUUUCAUAACAAGUGGAACCGUUGCGAUCAUCAACUACAAUGGCAAAGAAUUACAUUACCAUUUAGAAGAUGGCGACCAUUUUGGUGAAAGAUGUCUAGUAUCUUCAGCAAAACUUCGGGAGGUUUCGGCCAUUGCCGUAGAAACUUGUGAACUUCUUCGUCUUUACCGUCGAAACUUCAACCGGCUAAUUUUGCCGCACUCGGAGUUGCACGAUAGGUUAUCCAAAAUUUCUGAUAUCCGGGGGACGGAGAUAGAGUACUUGAACAAAUUGUCUAAAGAAGAAAUGACAUUAAAAAAGAGACGAAGCUCAGAACUUCGAAAGUUACUGAUGAGAACAGACGAUCUGACGGCGGACUUACCUUAAGAAGACUAUAAAUUAUCAAAUAUUUAUUAUAAAUCAUAAUAAUAAAUGAAGAAAUAAUUGACAA